UUCACACUUACUUUCAAACGCGUCAAGGGACUCUCCUUUUCCUCUUCUUCCUCCUUGCUCUCUUCUUCUGCAACUUCUCGUUGCAUGAAACCGACCUUUUAUUAUGUUCCAAUGAAGCCUUAAAAAGACUGACAUUAGCAAAAUCACGAAGAAAAAGGAUGCUACUUUCACUUUUCAAAGUUGCUUCGUUUCUAUUUUUCUUAACUUCACUGGUUUCCUCUCUCAAUUUGGAUGGUCUUUCUCUUCUUGCUUUCAAGGCAGCCAUAGAGUCCGACCCAACUCGUUCCCUUGACAAAUGGUCUGAGUGGGAUUCAAACCCAUGCCAAUGGCCAGGAAUCGCCUGCACUCGCAACCGAGUCACCUCAAUAUUCCUUCCUAACAAAAGGUUAACCGGUUACAUCCCAUCAGAACUCGGCCUCCUUGACUCUCUAACUCGCCUGAGUGUCUCUCAAAACAACUUUUCAAAACCCAUUCCUUCUCGUCUCUUCAACGCUACAAACCUUAUCUACAUUGACCUUUCUCAUAACUCACUCUCUGGCCCAGUUCCUCCACAAAUAAAAUCCCUCAAGAACUUAACCCACCUCGACCUUUCCGCCAACUCACUCAACGGGUCACUCCUUGAGUCACUCGUUGAGCUUAAAAGCUUGACAGGAACCCUCAACUUGUCUUACAACAAGUUUUCAGGUGAAAUUCCAGCUUCUUAUGGAGAGUUUCCGGUUCUGAUAAACUUGGAUCUAAGGCACAAUAAUUUAACAGGGAAAGUGCCUCAAGUUGGUUCUUUGUUAAACCAAGGGCCCACCGCAUUUUCAGGAAACCCUAAUCUUUGUGGGUUUCCGUUGGGGAAUCUUUGUCCUGACGCUCAAAACCCUGGAGCUAUUUUAAACCCGGAAGAAAACCCAGAUGAUCCCAAGGGUUUAAGGCCGAUUUUUAAUGAUGGGAAUGUAGAGAAACGCAAGGAAAAAAAUGGUUCGGUGGUUGUUCCUUUGAUCUCAGGCGUUUCCGUAUUGAUCGGGGCGGUUUUGGUGUUUGCGUGGCUGUUUCGGAUAAAAUGGAAGUCUGGGGACCGUAAAAUCGGGAAAGAGAAAAAGAGUGAGGAGGUUGACGAGGAAGGACGAAAUGGUAAAUUCGUGGUGGUUGAUGAAGGGUUUAAUUUGGAAUUAGAGGAUUUGUUGAGGGCAUCUGCGUAUGUAGUGGGGAAGAGUAGGAGUGGGAUUGUGUACAAAGUGAAAGUGGUGGCGGGGAGGGGAUCCAGCACGGUGGGCACUACGGUUGUUGCUGUGAGGAGGUUGAGUGAGGGUGAUGCGACGUGGAAGUUGAAGGAGUUCGAGGCUGAAAUAGAGGCAAUUGGGAGGGUUAAUCAUCCCAAUGUUGUAAGGUUGAGAGCUUAUUAUUAUGCAACUGAUGAGAAGUUGCUGGUUACUGAUUUCAUCUGCAAUGGAAGCUUGUAUGCUGCAUUACAUGGAGGGCCAUCCAAUAAUCUGCCAUCGCUUUCCUGGGCUGAAAGGUUGAGGAUUGUUCAGGGGACUGCGAGGGGUUUAGUGUACAUACAUGAAUACAGCCCUAGAAAAUAUGUUCAUGGCAACUUAAAAUCAACAAAAAUGCUUCUUGACCAUGAACUCCAGCCUUACAUCUCCGGUUUUGGACUCACUCAUCUUGUUUCAGGGACUCCAAAAUAUGCCAGUUCAAUAACCAAAAAGCUGAACUCAACCGAAACAAAUGCAACCUUUGCAGUGGGUUCAAGAAUUUCAACUCCUAAUUCUUACCUGGCACCUGAGGCUCGAGUAUCCGGUAACAAGUUCACUCAGAAAUGUGAUGUAUACUCAUUUGGAAUUGUGCUAUUGGAGAUUUUAACUGGUCGGCUGCCUGAUGCUGGACAAGAAAAUGGUGAAAAGGGAUUGGAAGGUCUCGUGAGGAAAGCAUUCCGAGAGAAGCGCCCCUUGUCUGAAAUAAUAGACCCAACACUUAUACCACAAGUUUAUGCGAAGAAACAAGUGGUUGCAGCAUUUCACAUUGCACUCAAUUGCACAGAACUGAAUCCAGAAUUGCGGCCUAGGAUGAGAAGUGUCUCGGAGAGUCUUGAUCGCAUCAAAUCGCAGUGAAAAUAUAUCUGGCAAGAAUCUUGUAAAGUUCCAUCAUUGUUGCUAACUCCUGACUCCUGCUGAACCUGUUUUGGUUUCAGAAAUCCUUGGAUACAGGGUCACUUUGAUGUAUGACUUUGUGUUAGAUUAUUGUUGCAAAUGCAUUA